AUGGUCAUCGGGCAUUGUUUGCAGCCAGGGGAAUGUAUGGGUUUCUGCAACAAUCAAGACCAGUUACAGAUACAAACUUCGAGGAUGCUUGCAGCUCUCAACACACAGCUCAUCUCUGAUUCUGCUGACUAUGAUGUCAUCGCAGAAAUCAUUGGCCUACAGAUGGCCAAAAAAAUUUGGCACCACAUAGUCUUACAUCCAGUAGCAUCUAAUCCUUCCAUUAGCAUAGCUGAUGUCUACUGGGAUCAAAUUCUGGACCAGCACGGAAACAUUUCCCUGGAAGUGGUCGCAUUCAUUGUAUGCCUAUUCUAUGAAUGGUGUCAGAAGGUGCUUAAUGUGACACUGGACAGAACAGCUGCCACCAACGUUAUUCUGAUAUACAAACAUAUCGUAUUUAGCUUGGCUUUCUAUCCACCCAGUCCAACACUUGCAGGAGUUGAUGCCUGUAUUUUUUUUUCACUCGAAUACAUGAUCGUCAUUGCAUGUAUGAAAGAGCUUGUAUUGGAGAAUUCUGAGACUGAUUACAGCUCCAACCUUAGACUUCCCUGCUGUCAGGCUAACAUGGCUCAGUCGACAUUUGCAUCUCUUCUGAUGUCAACAGAGACAUUCAAUUUCAAUCUGGAACUCACAGCUGGUGAACUUAUGCUUAUUGAGUAUGCUCCAGGGCCGGCGGAUGGAAAUCAUGAGGCCCUGCACUUGCUUGAGAGAGUUCGGUAUCUGCGCACCCUGCCAGGAACCCCUCAUGAGUUACCUUUGAUUGAUGAUAGGUGA